GUGAAAAAAAUUCGUUGCAAAGUGACAAAGUGGUUUUUUUCCCAUCUAAGAUGUAACUUGCGGAACAUUAUCUAGGAAUUUAGAUAACGUCAAAAGAAUGAAUGUAAAAAAAAUCCAAGAUCGUUAGUCCCUAGAAUCACGUUGUUUUGUUUUGAUCGGGAGAAAAUUCAAUUAUUUUUUAAGUUACAAUUAUUUUACAAGAUCAGUUUUUAAUUAGGGGCAAGUGAAAUUUUUCUCGAAUUUCAAACAAGCUGGCAGAGUGGACAGAACGUUAUUAUAUUUUCAAAUGUAAAUAAUUGAAAAAUCAUCGAAUUUUUCCAUGCGAGAGGCAUCGGUUCGAUUAAUUAAAUAAUAUUCAUAAUGAAUGUUGUACGAAUUAAUUCGAGAAAUGUGAUUUUUAUUCUAUUGGCGAUUUUCUCGACAACUAUCAAACAGGCUCAUAUGGGUUAUGAAAGUGCAAUCAAAUAUGCACAAAAAGAGGCAAACGUAAACUCAACACCAGCAUAUAGUAGUACAAAGGAAGAAAUUUCAAGACUAUGUCCAAGUGGUGUCGCUUGUUCAGAAUUAAGUGGAGACUGUUUGAAAUGUAAUUUAAAUCCCAAUUGUGUAUAUGGAGCUGUAUAUGUUGCUAAUUGUUCUGUUUUAGAGAAUAUUGAUUGUGUUGGUGAACAGUUCUUUCAAAAAAAGUAUAUAUGUCGUUACUGCUAUCAAACUGAGCACUGGGAGCAUGAGUGUCAUCAGAAAAAUUCUUGUAGCUCCGUAGCUUCUCCACGACAAUAUUAUAGGACAAAUUGUACAGUAAAUGGUGAUAUAUUAUGCCUAGGAAAACGUAGAUUUAUGAAAAAUUUAUUAUGCAAUUGGACUGUGGGAUACCGUUGGUCUACUGCUUUAAUCUUGAGCAUUACAUUAGGUGGUUUUGGUGCUGACCGAUUUUAUUUAGGUCAUUGGCAAGAAGGAAUUGGUAAAUUGUUCAGUUUUGGAGGACUUGGAGUAUGGACAUUAAUUGAUGUGAUGCUUAUUUCUAUGAGAUACUUAGGUCCAGCGGAUGGAUCAUUAUACAUUUAAAUACAAUUAAUAAUAAAUAUAUUGUACAUAAUAGAAAGAAUAAAGUUUAUAAAUUUAA